CACACGAUUCUGUUUACAUCCUUGCUGGUAAGGCGCGGGGAACCUGUAGUGGGCAUGUCCUUUAGAUCCGCAUGGCCCGCCUUUCAAGGAAGAGUCCGGCUUAUUAUCUAAGGAGAAGAGAAGGGCUAGUUGUGUGGAUUGUUGAGAUCCGAAAGAAUGGUUAUCAACUUUUGUCCUGAAUGUGGGCAGAAAGCAGAAGAAUCGUUUAAAUUUUGUCCAGCUUGUGGUUUCAAACUACCUAAAGAAGAAGUUGUCUCAGAUCCUCAAACUUUCCCUGAAAGCGCUGCCCCAAAAGUGACAGGUAUCUAUUUAUCAGAGACCAGUUUAACACAGUCACCAACAACUCGAAAGACCUCUGCAAGAAAAUGUUCAUAUGGAGAAUCUGCUGUGAAUGUGGCCAUUACCCCAGAGAAGCUGAAUGUCAUGGAGCCAGCUGCUUCACCACUUAGUGUACAUGGACGGAAAAAACGCACACAAACAACUCAAAACCAGUCCGUGAGAGUGGACAGUACUCCAGAAAAGCAGGAAAUAAAGGAAUUGAAUUCUUCACCGUCAAGUUUAGAUGGGCCAAAAAGAAGAAGGUUAGAAAACACACCAACAACGCGAAAAUCUGCAAGAAACACUUCAGUUGUGGAGUCUGCUCUGAUUGUGGAGCGUACCCCAGAAAAUAAAGAAAAACAACAUUUGGCUUCUUCACCAGCUAGUCUACAUGGAUCAAAAAGUAAAAACAGCCCUAGAGUUCGUGGAGUUAAAUCAGUCAAAAUCGAGCCGCUCCCAGAAAAUGAAAUACUAACUGACACCCAAAGUGUAAAGUGGAGACUUGCUAAAUUCUUGUUGGCAUGGAAUACAGGCAUCCUUUAUAAAGCAUAUAAAACACCUAGCACUGCAGAAGAGCAGCAUUAUAUCGCUAAACUGGAUGCAAAAGAUGGGAGAAUUUUCACUGAACAGAACUUUUUCCAACGUGCAGCAAAAAAAACUGUUGUUGAUAAGUGGAAGAAGUCUCAUUCUUGCUCGUUACUUGGAAUACCAGACUGUGUUGGCUUUGGAGUACAUAAAAGCCACAGAUUUUUGGUAUUCUCCGCUCUCGGACAAAACCUGCAGUCUAUCAUUGAUGAAGAAGAUGGUAAAUUGCCAGAAAAAGCUGUUUUUCACAUUGCAUGUAGAAUUAUUAAUGCACUGGAAUAUAUUCAUGAAAAUGAAUAUGUACAUGGAGAUAUCACAGCUGAAAACAUAUUUGUAAACCAGAAUGAGACUUCUGAGGUUUAUUUGGCUGGCUACUAUUUUGCCUUCCGUUAUUGUCCUGGUGGAGAACAUGUUACAUACCGAGAGGGCAGCAGAAGCCUCCAUGAGGGCACAGCUGAGUUUAUCAGUGUGGACAUCCACAAAGGAGCAGCUCCUUCACGUCGCAGUGAUUUGGAGUCACUAGGAUAUUGCAUGCUGAAAUGGCUAUGUGGAUCUCUACCUUGGAGUGAGCUGACAAAUGCCAACACAAUAAUGGAGCAGAAAAAGAGAUUCAAAACAAACCUAGCAGAAUUUCUUGAACAGUCUUUCAGGCAAGGUAAAGUGCCAGAGGGACUGAGAAGAUAUUUUGAAUAUGUGAUGAACCUGGACUAUGAGGAAAAACCAGAUUAUGUAGUUGUUCGGAAAACCCUAUCCUGUGCAUUGACUAAAAUAGGCAUCUUUCCAGAUGAUCCAGUUCAUAUUUAGAUCAGGCUGGCUUUUCAUCUUGCAAACAGACGUCCUCCAAAAAAAUAUUUUUCUGUGGAUAACAAAUAUAAUGUGAAAUAGGUUUACUAGUACUAAUGUGUGAUUUUAAAGUUUUAAAAUUAUUGUUGAAUUUUAUUUCUGAUUGUUUUAUCUGCAGUCAUCAUAUAUUAAUGACCAAACUAGAUCUACAUUUUAGUUGUUAUUGAAUGCAUUGAAAGCAAUAUAUUUUACCUCCUAUCUUAUCCCACCAUUGAAGUCACAGACUUUUUACUUUUCAUAAAGUUGUGUUACUGGGAAUUCUUUUAACUUGUGUGUUGGGUGUGACCUAUUUUCACUUUUUGUGAAAUUUCCUGCCGUGCUUGUAGAAAUGUCAUACAGUGCUUUCAUUGCUAUUAAUGUAGGUAGCAAGAAAGACUUAUUUGAAAGACUUAAUUGCUUAUUACUCAUUGCUGGAUCAUAAGUACCAUUAUUGUAUUAAACACCUUGAUGCAAAACACGGUAACAGAGUUUUAAAAUCAGUAUUAAAACAUUCUAUACUGGAAACAUGUUAUGCAUUCUCUUCUAUCAGAAUUGUUUGUUCAUUAAAAUAUACUAUAAUCAUUGUCAGCCAUCUUCAGGAAUAAAAUGUUUAUGUUUAUCUGAUAUACAUUGGUGGUGAUGAUAUGUAAGUGAAACAUCAGUACAAUAAAAAUGUGAAUUGUC